AUGAAUUCAAAACUAAAAGCUGUUUACCUGUCUUCUUUACUUCAUUCCCAUCCCUUCACAUCUAAUUUUGAUGCAAUUAUUACCUGCAAUGGCCACCUGCUUGAAAGAUUCUCCCUCUCCUCCUACUACUUCUCUUGCUCCUCCUCCUCCUCCCACUUUUUGGCAUCCUUUCUCUCGAGCUGCCCCUCUCUAAACUUGCUCCCGCUCUUUCUUUCCUCAUAUCUUCCCCAUAUCCCUUUCUUUCUUUCUUUCUUUCUUUCUUUCUUUCUUUCUUUCUUUCUUUCUUUCUUUCUUUUUCUUUCACUUCCUUUUUUUCUCAAACUGCCUCAUUCUCUCAUCAUGAUGGUUUUCCUUUAUUUCCUCCUCAUCUCCUUCAUCUUUGCUUUGCAUCUUCCUUUAUUUAUUUUUAAUCUUUUCUUCUCCCUCUUUUACUCAUUUCCAUCACUGAUACAUUCAUUUUCUCGUCAUCUUUUUUCACCUCUUUCAUUUUAA